CACCGCUUUGUCCGCUUACUCGUGAGGAAUUUCUUUCGCUCUCUGUUGUCCUUUUUUCUUUGCCUCCAGAUAUUUUCUCCAGCUCUUUGUUUGCCAUCACCGAAGGAAACGCAACGUUGGUCGUGCCAACGUCCAAGGACCUGUGGUAGUUAUCACACGGGCAGCCGCACCGGGAAGUUCCAUUUUUGGCGGGAUAUCUCGAUCAAUGCAAUUUUCCAGUGUCUUGGGCGACGCUAGAAGUUCGUUGGCAAUCCUACCGUCAUUGACUGACAGACUUAAUACGUACCAUCGUAACAGCGCACGAAGGCAACAUCACUCCGUCUAGCAGAGGGCCCUUGAGAAUAGAGUAGAACGGAAACAUAUACGGACUAAAUCAAUGUUUCUUAAGCUCCCAGUUGAGAUACGCCUCCAGAUCUACCAGUACCUGCUCGUUCCUAAACAGCGGUCUUCCGUAGGAGUAAGGUUAGACGUUCUAGGAUCCGACUAUCAUGAAUACGAAAAGACGGAUUUAGAUCCUACGAGUAUAGGGAGAGUACUGCACAUACGUAUCAUCGAUCCUCAACAGCCAGGAUUAUCUUGGGUUGCAGAUGCUCUUCCACUUUUACGACGAAGCAAAUGCCUCGUGAGAACUGAUCGCUUCCGCGCCAGGACGAUGCAAACUACGUACACAGCCGCAAACAACCCAGGAAUCGAACCAGCAAUUCUAGCAACGUGCAAGUUGGUACACUCUGAGGCAGCCGAGGUGCUCUAUAGCAGCUACAAUUUCGACUUCGACACGCACGUCGAAGCAAUUGGGGCUUUCCUCAAAGAUCUUACACCAACGGCGAAAAAGUGUGUCCGCAGCGUGAGUCUCGUCAAACGCGCCACCCCGUACGACCGCGAUUUCGAUCGGUGCGAAUGGACGGCAGCAACGUCUGCGCUCAGCCAGUUGCCGUCUCUUAGAAAUCUGCACUUGGGCGUGGUCGCUGGCAAGCCUGGACCAAAUGGCUGGGAUGGAAUUCCCGAAUGGAGCAAGCAGGAUUUCGAGACCAUGGUCAAGUGGAGGAACUGGGCUGACUUUGAGUGGGUGAAGGAGAUUGCGAGGGUCCGACUCAGCAAAGGAGGGGUGGUCAAAGUGAGACCGAUUGUUGAACAUUGUCCGGUUCCUGGAAGCGAGAGCAUGGUGUUUUGGGUCGCAAUAAGCAGGAAUGUUGCGGGUGGAUUUGGCUCGUGGGUCGAGGCCUUGAUACUAGGCACAGCUUGAAUGUUUGAAGUCCUGAUUCAAGCGUGAACGUUUACUUGGUGAGUUUUCCAACGUUGAUAUCGACUGGGUAGAAGAUGCAAUUUAGAUCCAACUAUCUUCAACUUCUACCGGGAGCUCGUCCCGUUGCUUCUUCAGCAGUCUAAGUCUUCUAGAAAUC